AUGAAACUUGCAAUCAUUACAUUUCUUGAAAAGCACUCUAGUAAUAGUGUUCAUGCAACUGCUACACAUUUCAAUAUAGAACCAAAGCAAGUUAGAGAUUGGCAAAGUAAAAAAGAAAAUUUAAUGCAUGUUUUAUUUCAUAUUAGAAAGUUAAAUAACGAAAGACCACCAAAGUAUCCUAAAUUAGAAAAUGAAAUUUAUGGUUGGAUGUGGCAUUAUUAUAAUGAUUGGCUAGAUAAUAGUAUUUUAACUUAUACUAAGACAGGUUGUAUUCAACACUCUGCAUAUAAUUUGGUUGCUCAAUGGAUACUUCAGGCAUGGAAUAAUAUUAAUCCUAACCUUAUACGAAAAGCUUUUAAGUGUUGUGUAGAGGUAAUUAAUCUUAUGAGUAAAGAUAAUACUGACAAUGAAGCUGAAGCUGAUCCUAUUUAUGAAGCUGAAGCUGAUCCUAUUCAUAAAUAUGAAGCUGAUUCUGAUAAUGAUAAUGAAGUUACUUUUAAUAGUAGAAGUGAAGAUGAUUAUUAUAAAGCAGAAGAAAUUAAUUAUAUUAAUGAUUGGACAUAA